UGUGGCUGCAUACUCAGGAAACCAAAACUAAAAAGUGCAUAGAAGGAGGUCUCUGCUGAAGGACUCUGCUGGAAGGAGAAUAUAUUUCAAUCCCUAUCCUGCGUAUUACCCGGUCCUUGAGUUCUUCAGGAUGCGAUGGCGGACACCCUUUGCAGAGCCCAGAUGUCUCAACACUGAGCCCUUGACUGAACGCAAGCUGACCAGGCUGAGUUGAAGAUCCCUCUCAUUUGCCAGGAGCCAAGGACCAUGAACAGCCAGGGCAAUAAGAGGACAACAAAAGAAGAAUUCAGUGAUUUGAGAUUCCAGAACUUCUCACUGCUGAAAAAUAGGUCAUGGCCACGCCUCAGCAGUGCCAGAGGGCGGUGUCAGGUGGCUCUCGAACCAUUUCUGGAUCACAGAAAGAACUUGGCUGCUGUCCUGGAUGGAGAAAAAUGCCACAGUGACAAUGACUAUGAAGACCCGGAGCUCCAGCUGCUUAAGGCAUGGCCGUUGAUGAAAAUUUUACCAGCCAGACCUAUACAGGAGUCAGAAUACGCAGAUACACGCUAUUUCAAGGAAAUGAUGGAGGCUCCCCUUCUGCUACCUUCCAAGGCUUCUGUCUCCACUGAGAGGCAAACCUGGAAUGUAGGGAUGAGGCAGCAGGAAGAAGUGGACAAGCCCUUCUCCAAGGAUGUCAGAAGCCAACGCUUUAAAGGAUUCAAAUACACAGAGGUGAACAAGAUUCCUUUGCCACCUCCUCGGCCUGCCAUCACUCUCCCCAAGAAGUAUCAACCCUUACCUCCAGCACCACCAGAGGAGAGUGGUGUACACUUCCGUGAAAGACAGGCCUUUUCAGAAGUCCAGAGGGGGCCCAGGCAGAUCAGCUCAAAAGACUGCAGUGAGGUAUUCGGAGCAGGAGAAGGUUCUCAUCGUCAGGCAAAGCCAGAACACUUUUGCCCACCACCAAACCAGAACACUCAGAAGGGCCCACCUGCCAUUGCCAGCUCGUCCUACAUGCCAGGAAAGCACAGUGUACAAGGCAGAGACCGUACAGGCAUCAUGCAACACUGCGCUCCUCAGAGAUGUCAAGCUGCAGCCAGCCGUCACCUUCACUAUCGCAUGCUGCCCUUUGAAAACACAAACAUGGGGAAACCUGUUCCCACAAAGCCUGACGAGAAGGAUGUCCAACAGAAUGAAUGGUACAUUGGAGAAUACAGUCGCCAGGCAGUGGAGGAGGUGUUAAUGAGAGAGAAAAAGGAUGGAACAUUUUUGGUCCGAGAUUGUUCCACAAAAUCCAAGGCAGAACCAUAUGUUUUGGUGGUGUUUUAUGGGAACAAAGUCUACAACGUGAAAAUUCGUUUCCUGGAGAGCAACCAGCAGUUUGCCCUGGGCACAGGACUCAGGGGAAAUGAGAUGUUUGAUUCUGUGGAAGACAUCAUUGAACACUACAAGUAUUUUCCCAUUACACUGAUAGAUGGGAAAGACAAGGCAGGUGUGCAGAGGAGACAGUGCUACCUCACCCAGACACUGCCUCUCACCAGGCGCUUCCGGACUCAGUACGAGUAAGUAGCCCAUCCAGAUGUUUCCACAUCAGCAGCCUGGCUCAUCCUCAGCUCAGUGGACUCAGUGCUUCCUUCAUCUGGGUUUCGCUUAUCUCAAGUUAUUAUUUUCUUUGUCUUCAAUGGAUGACUUUUUUUUGACUCUGUAAAAAAAAGGAAAAUACUCUGUAACAGAACACGAGAGCUCAAUUAUGACUAGAAAGCCUAAGUCAUAGAAAAAAAUAUUUGUAACCUUCCAAAAUCAAAUCUAGGUUUUAAGAAGUAUUUUCUAAACAAAAACUACAGCUGUGGCUGUCCUACAUUAGCGACAAGUAGCUAAUGUGACAAGAUCUAAAAACUUCAGCGUUUUCAACAGAUGUGAGAUCCCUAUACUGCUGUUCAUAACCUCUUGGCCUAGGAUGCUAAUUUUCGUAUGGUCCUAUAUGCUGAAGAUGAUGGUGAAUGUUAGCUCUAUUUAUCUGUGAUCCUAGAAAUUCAAUUACAGAAAUGAGGUGUGGUGUGAGGAACAAGAGCCGUUAUGAAUACCAGCUUGAAGACAGAGAACAGAAACAGAUGGGCUGUGACAUGAAGUGGCCACAGGCCUAGACUUUGGCCUGAUCUGUGAACAGUGACUUCAGUGGAACUAGCAGGAACACGGAGAAUCCUGACUCAUCCUAACCGUAAAACAACCGCUCAUUUGAGUAACAAGGAAAAUGUUUUGAAUAUUUUAAUGAUAUAUUGCCAUUCAAGGGAGGAGAAAAGCUGUCCCCAAAUGAGUAGUGAUGCUUACAGUGGCAUGGAACAUCAUGAUAUUAUUUCUUCUCGGGCAAAGAGGGUCUGCAUAUAUUUCUACUUCAUAACACAGACAAGGCAGUAGACAUUCAAAAAGUUAUUGAUCUCAUUUAGUAUAAGAAACAAGCCCAGACUGCAACCCAUUUUGCCUGCUCUAUGUCACUGCAUCAUCCCAGAUACAUUCUCCACUCUAGGAUGUUUAAAUUGAUCUAGGGAGGGGAGGGAGGAAGGUAGGAGAGAAAGGUUGAAUGGGGAAGAGGCUUUAAAAAUGUGUAUUUAUCCACAUUUAAGUUCUUAUAGUGCAGUAAAUUUACCAAAAUGAGGUGCCAUUGAAAUAAAUAGUUAUACCGUAUGACAUGACUUCAAUUAUUACCAAAUACCGCAUAUAAAAUUCAUGGAGCAUUUAUGCAAUUUGAGUUUCUAUGAAGAAAUAAAACCAAUAAGAGGACAAGAAAUGUAGUUAAGUUGGUAGAAUGAAUACCUAGUCCUAGGUUACAUCCCCAGCCCCGUAUAAAACCUAUAAAUUAUACGUGGUGAUACACACCUAUAAUCUCAGCACAUGGGAGGUAGAGGCAGGAGAAUCAGCCUCUCAAGGUCAUCCUUGGUUAUAUAGCAAGGCCAGCCUGGACUAUAUAAGCCCAUGCUGAGAGAGAAAGAGAAACAGAGACAGACAGACACAGAGACACAGAAACACAGAGAGAGACAGAGAAAGAGAGAGAGAAAGAAAGAAAGAGAAUCAAAUGAAAACAAAUCAAGCAAUUCCCAGGAUUAUCUCUUUCUGUAAAAUGGCAAAGUGCUCUCUGGGAAGGGCUCUUGGUAUCUACCCACGGACAACUACUUGGUGUGCUUUUUUACAAGGCCAAGGGGAAGGAAAUACAUCACAAAGACAGGAGCUGAUGGCAAAGCACCACCUAAAGCUAGACAAAAGGGAACGAGCAGAGGCGAUGGGAAUAUGCUACCACCUGUGAGAAGAGAGAAAGGGACAGCAGAAACCAUGUAAGCCUGAGCCACAUCUCUGGAGAGUCGCAUCCAUUCUGUAGUAAGAUCCAGACCAGAGUAUGCCCGUAGACUAGAGCCUCAUGCUGAGCAGAUAAGGCCAGAAUCUGGUGCCUCUCCAUGCCAACUCACUUGCAGAUCUGAGCCUUGAGUUCAGGAGCAGACACAGAAAGUACUCGCCAGGGACUUUUUUUUUUACUGAAGUGCUGGUCAGCAUCACUGUGUUUAUUACUCUUCAGGUUCUGUUACAAUAGGGGUACUUUGCUUACACUAGAUGACUGAAGAAUAGCAUAUGAAAAACUGAAUGUAUCUCCUUCUUACAAUAGAUACUUUUAACACUUUGGCUAGAUCUUAUGAUAUAUUUGGGACUAAGUCAGGGGAUGGAAGUCUAGUUCUUCUGUUAUCAGCUUACUGGUUUUAUUAGAUCCCUAGCUGAAAAUUCAGUGAUUGGUUGGUUGUUGCUAGAGUGUUUUGAUCUUUCCAACUAUGAUCUCGUUUUCCAUUUUUAAAAUGUCACUUGACGCCCAGCCUCAGUAGGACAGUGGAAUUUCAGCUUCAUCUGAUUAUGGCAUCUGUGUACUCCAGACAUUUUUUUGGACCACAUUUCCGUACAGAGGCUGAAUCUGUGUCUCGUCCAGAUAUUAUGCACAUUGUCAUAGCCCUUGCUGCAUGCUGUGUGUGCCUUAGUUACUAGGCUUCUGUAGAUGUUGGAAACAUUGGCGUGAGUGAGGCAGGCAAGUAAGUGCCCAAACAAAUAGAUAAUCCAAGUUGGUUUCCCAUUAUUCUUUUGAAUCUCUAUGUUAAUAUAUCAUUGAGAUCUUUGGGGUGAGGAUAAUGUUAUAUAUUUUAAGAAAACUCCUUUAACAUGCCAUCAAAAAGUCCUGAAACCAGAAAAUAGUUCACGAACAUAGUUGAGAGGAGACUUUUCUUCCAGGAGAGAAAGGUUGGGGUUGGGGAAGAAGAAAGCGACUGAUUAACUACAUCAUAUCUAUAAGAAAUUCAGUCCAUUCUAAUUACAAUGAAAAAGUCAAACUUAACUCAUUGUCAGAUACAGUUACUAUCAUGUAUGUGAACACAGACAGUUUGUAACGAUAGCCUGUACUAUAUAUUAUUUACAUUAUGCUCAUACAUGUAUUGUUUUAGCCUUUGUAAUGUGUGUUCCAGCUAAGCACAUCUGCAUUUUAAUAUUUGAAGUUUACAGUUUGCUAACUUAAAGGAAAGCAUAUAUUUAAUUCGAUGUUUUUACAUUUUAUAAAACUGAGCAUUGAAGAGUGGAA